AUGGGUGGAUUUUAUGUUCUAUCUACAAGAUCACCUUCAAUUACCUGGAGCAACAAUCCCAUGUAUUGGUUUUUGUUACCAUCUCCUCUAUUCAGUUUUGCAGAAGUUGCAAUGCUAAGGACAACAGACCGGCUAGAGAUUGAAGGCAAGAUGAAGACUGAAAUGUUGUUACCAAGCACAAUGUAUGGAGCUUAUCCUACAAUCAAAAUCACCAAUCUGGGAUAUGGGUUUGACUCAGUGGCCUCAGAGGUAUCAGUUAAAGUGGGGGCUCAAGUGUCAAGAAGUGGCAGGGCUUAUCUGGUGCAUGAUCAUGCCCAAGAUGAUAAUGAUCGAAGCUUCCCAUGUGAAUUGGAAAUUGGGUGGAUGGAGAUUGAGCUUGGAGAGUUCUACAGUAGGGAUGAUGGAGUUCAUGACGAAGUUAAAGAGGCUAAUUUAAAUUAUUGUUAA